UCGAACGUCAAGCUCACAAACAUCAAGUGUGUGAAUGUAAACAGGAUCAUGGAAAGUCCACCAAAGAAGGUAGAAAUGGUGAGAAAGCGCUAAUAAUUCCCUUGACACAGUCUCUCAGUCUCGGUUCCUCUCCCAGGGUGUCCUUGGCGCCUGCUCGUUCAGCAAUUGGUACAGCCACUUCGAGAAGAUCACUAUCAAAUCUUACGUUUUGCCCAUUCCGAAUGACGUGCUGGAUUACCUGCGCGAUGACAUGAUUAUUCUGCCCAGGGAGUGUUUGGAGGCGCACGAGGAGGUCGAUGAAGAGAACAACGUCUCCUUUCCCGACUUCUCUCACCGCAUCCGGGAGAUUCUGCAGAAAUUGCCUCGCGGUGCCUUCCUGAAGACCAACUGGCAUUGUGCCAGAGACGCUCACUGGAUUAUGCCCGGACAGAGUUUGAAGGUGCACGAUGUGGCCGAGGUGUAUCAGCUGCUGAAGGCGUCGAAUUACUCAAAGAUGGACUUGAGUCCUGAGCGAGGAUUCGCGAGUGGCUUCAAUUUUCACGUGGUGCUGCGCAAGUGGCAGGAAAUCAACCCAGCAAGUGAAUUCCGGUGCUUCGUGAGGAAUCACACACUGCUUGCCAUCUCCCCGAGGGCCUGGCCAGAGUACUAUGAGCACAUCUAUCAGCAGAAGAGCGACAUUGUCCGAGACAUUUGCACAAUGUUCAAGGAACACAUCAAGAAUCGAUUUCCUCUGAAGGAUUAUGUCUUUGACGUUGUCCGGGAGAAGAAAGAUGUGGUUCAGCUGCUGGAUUUCAGUCCCUUUGAUCAGCAAUUCACAAAUUCUCUGGCCUUUGAGUGGCUGGAAUUGGAGGAUGACGACAAAUAUCCCGCAAAUGGUGAGGAUGAGCCUGAAUUUUGCUACCUGAAGCAAGAUAUUGGCAUUCAGCCUAAGCAGAAGAACCUGUACGGUCUUCCACUGGAGUUCACCGCGCUGGCCAGCAAUUCUGACGCCUCUGUGGCGCAACAUCUGACGGAUUUGGGACUCUAG